AUGAAUCACCACGUUCUCUGUGGGGUUGAUGACAAGAAAUACGACUUCAUAUCGAUCACCCCGCCGAACAAAAGCACCCUUUCAGGCACAAAAUUAUCAGCGAGCGAAUUCAAGAGGCUCAUGCAGCCCCAAAUUGACACUGAACUAUUGGUCGGAUUUCCCUCGAACGGUCUCUUGAGGAUCAGGGGCUUCGUCACCAAAGAGCAGCUGGCCAACCCGGAAUCGCUCGACAUUAACGGCGACCCCUGCCUCGUCGUCCUCAAGGACGGAUGCGUUUCCGAUCUCACCUUCGGCCGCUACGCUGGACUUACUUGA